CCGACAAGAUGGCGCCCUCCGAAUCUUCCGGCGACGUCGACGUCGAUGUCCUCAUCGUGGGCGCUGGACCCGUUGGUCUCAACCUCGGGUACCAACUUCAAAGAUACUCAAAUCCACCUUUGUCCUCCGCCACGAAACCCAUCUCCGUCCACAUCAUCGAGAAACACCCCAAGCCAAUGCAAGAAACGUUCGGACGUGCCGUCACUUUCUGGCCGCGUUCCAUGGAAGUUCUCUCGCAGAUGGGCCUGGGCGAUCAAAUCACACAGCAGUGCGUCGCUGUACGGCAGUCAGCGGCAUACGACAAGGAUGGCACGGAAGUGUUUGGACGGGGAUGGAGUUUCCUCGAGGGCAUUGAGGACUCUCGGUUCAAGUUCGCGAGUGUGCUACGUCAACGAUUCGUCGAGGACAUUUUCCGCGCCGAACUCAAGAAAUUUGGCGUCGAGGUCAGUGAGAACAGUAGCUUUGUGGAUCUGGAGGUCGACGAGUCUGUUCCAGCAGGCGAGAGGGGCAGAGUCAAGGCUACGAUCUUGGACACCAGUGGUGGCGAGGGUAAUGAGAAGAAAUAUACUGUCAAGUGUCGCUAUCUGAUUGGAUGUGACGGGUCGAGGACACUGGUCCGAGGAGCGGCGGGUAUCGAGUCGGAGGGAGACAGGACGGAAGAUAAGUGGGUGAGAAUCGAUGGUGUGUUGAAGAGCACGACGAUGCCGAAACCCAGGGCGUACGGUGCGAUUGAGAGCCCAGUGUACGGAAACGUGCUUUGGAUCCCGCUUGACCAUGGCGCCACGAGAAUUGGAUUUGCGAUGAAUGAAGAUCGGAGAAAAAUGUACAAGGAGCUCAACCAGGAUGUGUUCAUCGAGGAGGCGAAGCUCUCGGUCAAGCCUUUCGAGAUCGAGUAUGAACGAGUCGACUGGGCGAGCGUGUACAGUGUCGGUCAGCGAGUCGCGAGGAAUUUCUGGGCGAAGGAGUCGGUAUUCCUUGCUGGUGAUGCCGCGCAUAGCCACAGUAGCGGAGCAGGGCAGGGCAUGAACGCUGGUAUGCACGACGCCGUCAACUUGGGUUGGAAAUUGGCUCUUGUGUUGACCGGCGUGCUGAAACGGAAUGUGCUCGAGACUUACACGCUUGAGAGGCAGCCGAAUGCCGCUAAGUUGAUCAAGUAUGACGAAGAUAUCAGUGUGCUGGUCUCGGGAAGAUUGCCAAAAGACUAUGCCGGAGACAGAACCGAAGAUCCGAAUGUUGUUCUGGGGAAGAUUUUGCAACAGGCCAAGGGCUUCAACACCGGGUUGACGAUCGGAUUCGGGCCCAAUGUUGCUGUUUUGAGAGACGACAGCGGCGAGGAAGACCUCGCUGCUACCAUUGCGAAGCGGUCUAUCGUGCCGGGACCGGCCAUUCCUGGAUACAGAGCUCCAGAUGUGCAGGUCUUGACGCCUGCUCUGUGGGAACCUGUCUGGCUUCAAAAUCUGAUGCCGAAUGUGGCGAGAUUUUAUGUUGUCGUGUUUGCGGGCAAGUCAGCGCAGGCGAAAGAGGCGUUCCUCACGAUGAAGGCCGACAUCCAGAAGAAACCCCGUCUAUCACCUAGCACGAAGCCCUUGGUGGAAGCAAAGACGAAUGGGGUGCAUCUCAACGGAGAUUCGUCUUCUGCUCAGGAAUGGCCUGUGGAUUUCCUUACCAUUCUCCCCGAAAAGGUCGGCAAUGCUUGGUUCGAGCUGGGCACAGAUCCAUUGGGCAGAGUAUACUUUGACGCCGAUGGCACCGCGAACAGUAGGUACCAGGUCAAUGUUGAUUCUGGAGCUGUGUUUGUGCUUAGACCGGACGGUUGGAUUGGAGCUCGUUUCGAACUUGGAUCCAAGACUGUGGUGGAUGACAUAGACUCGUAUCUAGGCGGACUUUUGUAUUAGUUGCUGUUGCAGAAAACCUGUGGUCAUAGCACUUGGAAGAAUUCAUCAUGACCCAUUGUUUGCUGCUGUCCUGGACUUGAUCACGCACGAGGGUGAGAGAAUACCUGGCAUU